CCUUAUCACUCCAUCUUCCACUCUCAUCCUUCCUCAACCAUUUCAGAACAUCAUCUCCUCCAAUCAUAUAUAUUCUUUGAAGCGGUCUUGGAAAUGGCGACGCAGGCCCAAGUAGCAUCUGCUUUGGAGAUCAUCGAACAGCAUUUACUUGGUGAUCUUCUCUCACCUGUUGGUAUCUCUUGUUCCUCUUCUGCUUCUACCACCUCUCUAAUUGAUAAUGUAAACAUGGAGCUUUCCAGCUCUCAGACUGUGUCUGACUGCUCCCGGGCUUCCAGCUCUGACUCUGCCUUCUCAAUCGAUGAUUACUUUAACUUUGACAAUAUUGAUGAUGAUUUUUUUGAAUUCGAAGCUAAACCUCAAAUCAUCCCUCUCACUAUCUCAAAAUCCAGUGAUUCAACCUCCAGUUUUGAAUUUGAUUCAAAACCUCAACUUUUCUCUCAACCAAGUAACGAGUUCUUCGACUUUGAAUCAAAACCUCAAAUCCAAGUUCUAGAGAAUUUCGUAUUUGAAGCAAAACCGCUUUCUCAACCCAAUGAUGAUUUCUUCAACUUCGAAUCAAAGCCUCAAGUAGCUUCUGCAAAUUCAAGCUCUCAAGUAAAUCGAAAGCCAUCUCUGAAAAUUUCAGUCCCUAAAAAAACCGAAUGGAUUCAAUUUGCUAACCCGAACCAACAAUCGGACCAAAUCAACUUAGCUGUUGAAGAGAAAAGGCAUUAUAGAGGAGUCCGACAGAGGCCGUGGGGCAAAUAUGCAGCGGAGAUCCGAGAUCCGAAUCGGAAGGGCUCACGUGUAUGGCUUGGGACCUUCGACACGGCUAUCGAAGCCGCCAAAGCCUACGAUCGAGCAGCGUUCAAGCUGCGCGGCUCCAAGGCCAUUCUCAACUUUCCUUUGGAAGCUGGGAAGUUGCACACAUGCGUCAACGACAGAAACGAACGGAAACGACCCAGAGAAAGCGAGAUUGUAGAGGGAGAAACGAAGAAGGUGGUGAAGAUAGAAGAAGCGGAGAGGGAUGUUGCGUUGACGCCGUCGAGCUGGACGGCGGUUUGGGAUUGUGUUGAUUUGAAAGGGACAAUGCCGUUGUCUCCAUUGUCUCCCCAUCCAGCGUUAGGAUAUCCUCAGCUUAUGGUUAUAUGAGUAGCAGCUUUUUUCUUUUUUCAACAUAUUAGAGUUUUUGAUCUUGCAGUGUUGAUAAUUGAUAACAUAAUUUUUAAUAAAUAACUAUCUGAUUUUCUCCA